AAUAAUAUUAUAUAAAUUGCCCACGUGACAUUUAGUAGACUACAUUUUGUAUGCGCACUUUGUGUGUGUGUGUGUGUGUGUGUGUGUGGUCCGCCUGUGCUUCAUUGAUUGACUCUGUGAUUGGGUUCCUCGGUUCCCUCACUGACUCUCACUUAAUGUCGCGCGCUCUGUUCAGCACGCAGUGUAACAAAGCGGGUAUACUAAAAGACUUAAAGGGCGGAAAUAUGAGCGACACUGUGCAGUGGGGAAAAAAGUGGACAACGGAGGUCACAAGCUGGUCUGAAAAGAGCCCUCCGUCACUGCUUUUGACAUGAAACAGAAAUAUAGCGGACGGCGAACUUAUCGUGGAGCAGACAGUAUGCGAUUAAGCAGUGGGCCGUAUUCCUCUCCAGAGCAUCCCUAUCAUGUCUUCAGUCUACAAAGAGAAUCAUUGGCUGGAGAAGAUAUAGAAAAGAUUGAGACUCCACCAGAUGUCCUGGUCCAACAGAGAUGUCCUGAAGCAGAUCAUAAUAGAUUGGAGCUUCCAGACCUGAAAUCAGUGUACCGGAGAUCCUUCAACCACACCAAGCCUCCUUAUUCCUACAUCUCACUGAUUUACAUGGCUAUCCAGCAGUCACCAUCCAAGAAACUCACUCUGAAUGAGAUCUAUGACUGGAUCCGCCAGCUCUUCCCUUAUUACCGGCAAAAUCAACAGCGUUGGCAAAAUUCCAUCCGUCACUCCCUUUCAUUCAAUGACUGUUUUGUGCGUGUCCCAAGGUCCCCGGAUUCUCCAGGGAAAGGCUCCUUCUGGACUCUGCACCCUGACUCUGGCAACAUGUUUGAAAAUGGAUGCUACAUGCGCCGGCAGAAGCGUUUCCGGUGCCAGAGUACAUCACCAUCCACAACUAAAAAUGCUUCAAAGAAGGCAGACAGAGAAACAGUAAAGGAAGAGGGCAAGAAAAAGACAUCAGAGGUUAAAUCGACAGUCUUAUUGUCUAUCUCUCAGCCUCAGCCUUCUAAACCUCCUAUGCCAACAAUGUUUCCAACAGUCAUGGAUUGCCCUCCCAUGUCACCUUCACAUAUCCCACCUCAGCAACACACCACACACUCACUGACUCCAUUUCCUCCAUCUUCAGAAUCGUCUGCACACCUAACAAAUAUACCUUGCCCAACCAUGUCAACACUUCAACCAACCACCUCCUGCUCUCUGGAGCCUUGCGUUCAUGGAGAACCCUUCUUCCACCAGUCUCUUUCUGUGCCACCAAUUAUGGACUUUCAGUGCUAUGAGCCUCCUGUGAGUUACCCUGUUUAUUAUCCAUCAUCAAGCUCCAGCAUUCAUCAGUAUAACCCAUAUCUCACAGGAAAGGAGGAAUCCUCUUAUGCAGGAGACUCAGUGUGCUACUCUGGACUCAUGUGCCCACUGCCACUUUUAAGCUCCUCGUGAAGCACUAGUUUACCCGUUUGUCCGAGCUACUGAGGUGCUAAUUAUGUAUUUUCACUGACCUUUGGAAAAUACUGUAUAUAAAUUAAAAUUUUAGAUAAUAAACCUGCCCUCGAAUGCAAAUGUGUUUGUCAUAGAUAUUUUGACAGGACUCAUGAAUCGGUUGCUAGGUUUCCUCAUAAAUAAAGUUAAAUAAAUUUUAUUCAAUGUUGUCAUGAACCAGAGAUUAUUGAAGUCUUUGUGGUUGUAUUUGAUGUUAUAAACCUUAACUGAACAUUUCCAUAUCUGAACAAUUUCGGUUUUGGCACUAUUUUGCAUGUGACCAUAGAUUUUGGUAGGGCAGAAUGACAUUAAUAACAAACAUAGCCUCAAACAAAAUUAAGUUAUCACAAUUGAUUUAUGCUAUA